AUGGUGUCAAACAGGAGCUGCCUCCGCGUGGUGGCGCUGAUUCUUGGCCUGGCAAUGGCAGUGGUGGCGCAGCAGACGGCUCGCCUCGACAAUGGCUACGAUCCCAACCCCAACCCGCAGGCGGUGGUGUUGGAUGCACGCAAGCAGGCGCGCUUUACCGUGCUGACCUCGGCCGUGAUCCGUAUGGAAUUCAGCCGUGCUGGCCAGUUUGUGGACGUGCCCUCGUACAGCUUUGUCAACAGAAACUUGCCCCGGCCCUCCUUUACUGCCAAUGUAUCUACGGAUAUCGUGACCAUUGAAACAGCCGAUCUCCUCGUCACCUACAAGCCAUCAUCGCAGGCCAGGAGCAACGACUGUGGCACCGUCUAUCCUGGGCACGAUGCUAACUGCGGCGACAUUUGUGGCAACCAUCGAACAGCUACUCAACCGUAUAACAUUUCCUCACAAGAUGCCUGCUGUGCUGCCUGUAACCUCGAUCCCACUUGCAAUGUUUGGGUCUGGACCGGCGCCGACUGCUACACACUGCGUGAUGCAUUGGCGCCCGUCGCUCGGAGUGACCGGACAGUCGGCGGCACCUUCUCUGGUGGAUUCACAGAUGAGACGUUGAGCAUUCGCGUUAAAUCAACUGGCGUGUCCUGGGUGCCAUCGAUGCUCCCCACUGGCAACCUGCUUGGCACAAUCUACUCGCUCGACGGAGUUACGGGCGCAACCAACAUCAACUGCAGCUCCAGUGGCCAAGCUACAUCCAAUGGCGACUGCACCCUUGCCCCCAUCUCUCGCGAUGGCUGGGCCCUCUAUGAUGACUCGGGCAACUGGGUCAUCAACGCCUCCACCGCCUGGCUACACUCGCCCCCACCCAAUCACCAAGACCUGUACUUCUUUGGUCACGGCCGCGAUUAUCGUCGUGCCGUCAAAGAUUUUACCAAGGUGGCCGGGGGCGUGCCCAGCUUCCCACGCUUCGUCUUGGGCGUCUGGUGGUCACGCUACUGGCCAUACACCGCUGAAGAUUUGAUGGAGAUUGCUGAAGGCUACAAGUCCCGAAGCAUCCCAUUGGAUAUCCUGGUGUCUGACAUGGCCUGGCACUUUCACAACGAAUCCAAAAUCGAUUGGGGUGGCUAUCAAUGGUCCCCAUCGCUGUUUCCAGAGCCGGAUAACUUUCUGGCCAGCCUCAACGCAAACAACCUGCAUACCGUGCUUAACCUGCACCUGAAUGCCGUCCAAGCCGGCGUAGCUCCCAGCUACCAUGCCUUUGCCGAGGCCCUUGGCAUUGAUCCGAGCCUGGGCUUUGAUAUCCCAUCGGCCAAUUUGUCCUACCCCUACAACCAGAGUGUGGCCGAUCUGUUGAAGCAAGAUCCCACUUUUGCUCGAGCUUACCUAGACAUUGCGCUCGACGAUGUCGGCAUGGGCUGGUGGUGGCUUGAUGAUGUGCCCUCUUGGACCGCUCGCUUACUAUACGAGCACUCGGUCGGCCGCGUUCAAGGGACAGCCAAGGGCUUGGCUUUCUCACGUUGGGGCGGCUUGGGCUCCCACCGCUACCCGAUCGGCUUUAGCGGCGAUGUCUACAUUGCAUGGUCCUCCUUGGCCUUUCAGACAGCCUUCACGGUUGCUUACAUUGGCGGGCAUCGCUCUCACCACGAUGAACAAGCUUAUGAUGGCGAGCUGUAUCUGCGCUGGCUGCAAUGGGGCUCUUACGCACCAAUCUUGCGAACACAUCCUCAGCCGGAUCCACGCGUGGAGCGUCGUCCAUGGGGCUGGCCCAUUCCAUUGAACGACUACAUGGCCGAUGCCAUGCGACUGCGCGCCCGCCACGUGCCCCUGCUGUACACUGCCCUGCAAGACUUUACAUACACUGGCGUGUCACCCCUGCACGGUGUUUACUUUGAUUAUCCGGAGGAAGAUGGGGCCUAUCUCUUCAACGACACCUUUGUCUUCUGUGAUCACUUGUUUGUCGCCCCGGUGACGGCACCCGUGGAGAAUGCGACACAACUGGCCUCGCGAUCUUUUUGGCUACCACCGGGCACAUGGAUUGACCUGGUGAAUCAGACGAUUGUACAGGGUGGCCGUGUUCGGAACACGAAAUACACCAUGUUUGAGACGCCGGCGUUUGUGCGCGCUGGGUCUGUCCUACCAAUGGGACCCACGGUCACACCCGAGAAUGCCUGGGGCUAUGCCCUGGACCCCCCCGCUUCGUUGCACUGGCACAUCUAUGCCUAUAAUUCAACGCGAGGCCAGGGUCGCGUGAUUGACGAAAAGCAGGGGGGCUUGAACAUGACCUAUUCACGCUCAGGCAACACGUUUACACUGGAGGUUACGCAGAGCACCGCCGCCACCUGGGAGCACGUGUUUACUUUUCCACAGGCGAUGCCCAUCGCGCAUGCAUCCAGCAAUGUGCAAAUCCAAGAGUAUGAUGCUGCGGCAUUGACGGCGCGCGCGGUUAUCAUCUGCUCGUCCUAUGCCUGCAAUGCCACGGUGGCUUUCAACGCGACUCAAGACUUUGAGCUGCUUGCCUCGACGCCGUUUGUUUCGCUGCGCAAACGCGCACACGUCAUCAAGCAGACGGUCGAUUAUCAGGAGACGCAGCCAGCCCAGGAAGCGACGCAGCUGUAUGCCCUGGUCAACAGCAUUGCCCGCAUCAAUGCGCGCCCCACCUCGGAAGUGGUGACACAGGAACUGCAGAUGUUCCGUCAACGCAUUGGAGACGCGCUGUACCUCUUGAAUGCUUCGUCCAAGCUCACAUCAGAGCUGAAAGCGCAACUAGUUGCGUGGCUGGCGCCAUAG